AUGUCCCAGAGGCUUUCUACUAAACCUCAGAAAGGCGUGAACCAUUUGGUUUACCCGGACGACCCAUUCACCUUGCUUCGAACUGAAGAAAGCCAUGGUCGGUGGUCGCCGUUAUAUGGUCAGCCACUUGACUCCGAACUCCACACAGGUACACAUUGUGGCCUCCUUAAUUUAGGUAUAAGGUGGAGGAAUCCCAAGCCGCAUUACCUGGCUGCAAAGCCGUGCCUGCAUACUGUGGCUGCAUACUGUGGCUGCAUACUUUUGGCUGCAUACCCUGGCUGUUUUACCCUUGGUUAUAAUAUCCCGGUCCACAGUAUCCUGGGCCGCUUGACCCCGGAGUGGUCUAUCAUUCCAGUGGCAUCCAUCUGCUCCUCGGGCGUGGCAACCGCGGGAAGCCCGGAUUCCGCUCCCCUGCCAGCACAUGCCGUUCCGCAGCCAGGCAUCGAGGUCGACCAUGCUGCACGCAGGAUGCCACGGUUAGCAUUUUCGAUACCAGGAUCCGCAUCCACAGCCACUGAAGUCAGUACUGCGGGAACGACACCAGAAACUACGACUUCAGAAGCAACCAAAGAACUAGCUCCUGAUAUUACAAGUACUUUUGCCAUUCCCCAGACUACCCCUCCUGGCUCAACCUUGGUGUCAUCCACACCUCUUCCACCAUCCAGCUCGACCCUCGCGUCAACUGCCACGACCUCAGAACUGGCCUCUCCAGCCACAACUCCGGAAACCAGUAGUACAGACGCAGCUCUACAAACUACCACUACAUAUACAUAUACAACAACUACCAUCACAUUCACAAGUCAAAGACAUACUACUGCAGGCACAACUAGCACAUCAGAAACAACUUCAGGAACUACACCAGAAUUAACCCCAGGAGCUAGUAGUACAACCACAAGCCCAGGAACUAGCACAAAAUCAACCCCAGCAGCUGGAACUAGCAACCCCCCAACAGCUAGCACUACAGACAUAAGCACAGAAAAUAGCACAGAAUCAACCCCAGCAGCUAGCACUACAGACACAAGCCCAGGAACUAGCACACUGGAAUCAACCCCACCAGCUAGCACUACAGACACAAGCCCAGGAACUAGCACACCGGAAUCAACCCCAGCAGCUAGCACUACAGACACAAGCCCAGGAACUAGCACACUGGAAUCAACCCCAGCAGCUAGCACUACAGACACAAGCCCAGGAACUAGCACACUGGAAUCAACCCCAGCAGCUAACACUACAGACACAAGCCCAGGAACUAGCACACUGGAAUCAACCCCAGCAGCUAGCACUACAGACACAAGCCCAGGAACUAGCACACUGGAAUCAACCCCAGCAGCUAACACUACAGACACAAGCCCAGGAACUAGCACACUGGAAUCAACCCCAGCAGCUAACACUACAGACACAAGCCCAGGAACUAGCACACUGGAAUCAACCCCAGCAGCUAGCACUACAGACACAAGCCCAGGAACUAGCACACUGGAAUCAACCCCAGCAGCUAGCACUACAGACACAAGCCCAGGAACUAGCACACUGGAAUCAACCCCAGCAGCUAACACUACAGACACAAGCCCAGGAACUAGCACACUGGAAUCAACCCCACCAGCUAGCACUACAGACACAAGCCCAGGAACUAGCACACCGGAAUCAACUCCAACCUCCACAGUCUGGGUUUCGCCAACGAUUACGAGCUUUCCCCCCACCUGCUCCGCUGACCCGGGCCGCACCGCGAUUGAAGCUCAGAUAACAUUGCCGCGCACCCUGGUCGUCGCCUGGGGGAAUUCAGCACCGCCGACCGUCACCGUCUGCCUGCAGGAUGACUGCCGAACCACUGCUGAGUCAUCGGUGCAAUUCGACGAGGUCACAGUAGGCCAGUCGCUCCUGGUCUCAGUCAACGGGACCGAUUUCUACGACUGCGUGGAGCUCUUUGUCCCGUGGCAAUUUAGAGUCGGCGUCGCAGCGCACAAUCUCAUCCUGGACUGGGUCAAUUUCAGCCCUCGUCUACUGAACGUGUGCCUGGCCAGGGACAUCGGGCAUUUCCCCUCGCACUCGUCCUGGAUCGACUGUAUAGAGACGACGAACUCCAGUGCCUCGUUUUCUGGCCUCGAACCGGACACUCCCUUCUGGAUCAGAGUGGGCGAGGCAACCGUCUUUCAUGCGACGACACCUCCCGAUGCUAAGUACCGAAGCCUUGCGUUCCGCUGCCACGAGACCGGCGUGUGCACGAGCGGCGAGUGUCGUCCUGCCUCCGACGGGCUCAUACUGGCGCUGGACUGGGUCUCCCCGGUACCCGUGUCGUACCCCUACGUCUGCGUCAACAAAGACAACGCCCAGUCGUCCCCGGCUACGACCCUGGCCGCCUCGAGCGUCGUCGCCGUCACCAGCGUCGUGUUCGCGAGUGGCGGUUUGGAGCAGGACGUGGACGAGUGCAUCCACACGACCGCCUUGGCUGUCGUCAAGUACUGGUGCGAUGGCAUGGUGAAUUGCACAGUAGAGCACAGCCUCCUCCACAGCCACUUGGCGGUCGCAGAGGGCUGCGUCGACACCCGGCUGGACCAGUACAGCCUGCACAUAGAGUAUGAGAGUGUGGUCUUAUCCGCACCUGCGUGCCGCGCUGGGACUAGUCUCUUCGAUCCGCACAAAACCUGCUACGACGUGGAGCCUUCGCCCGACUUCCUUGCGCGGAGGAGGAGCUGCAUGAAGGCUGGGGGGGACAUUGCCUUUUACGAUUCCGACCCGGCGUUUUUACAGUUUCUCAACGAAUCUUUUGGCCUGUCGGAAGAGGGCUUAAUUGUGCAAGGCAUUAUCGGCGACGACGUGCGGCCUCGAGAACCACAACUUUAUGCUGAAGACGUAGAUAUAUACCACAUUAAUUUCGCCAUACACUACGCUAUGUCACACCACAGCUUUGCGUCCGACGUGCCCAUUCUCUGCGCUUACCCGCCGCUCGUGGGAAUCCCCGACCGCCUCGAGACCGCGACCAUAGCCGACGACCCCUGCUGGGGCAGCCCCUGCCUCAACGGGGGGACCUGCUUCAACACGACGCUGGCCCUGAAUGCGGCCAGUGGCGACGACUUCAUGUGCCUCUGCGGACAAGGUUACAGCGGUAACCUGUGUGAAAAUGCGGACACUGGAAUCAAGGACGAGCCGCAGGACCCGCUGGGCGGCGUCUACUCCUUCAGCGCCCCCUUCGGCGAGGCCCUCAGCUUCGAGUUCGUCUUCUUCGGGCGGGUGUGGGCGGAGAGCCAGAGCUGCUACGCCCCCGCUGCCCUUGCGCUCUUCCGCCUCAAGUGCGAUGGCCAGAGCCAGUGUGAGGUGUCAUACAAGGACCUGCACCACCACCUGCAUUCCUCGUGCCACCCGGCCGUGACGCCCACGUUGCGCGUCCGUUACGCCACUUACGAGUAUCCGGAGAGCUGGAGCUGCGGAAACGAGAGCCUCGUGGAGAGCACCUGCCUUGGGACCUCGGCCGACCAGUUCCCCAGCGCCCAGGACGCCAAACUGUACUGCGCAGGAUUGGGCGGUGACCUCGCCUCCAUGGAAGACCUCACGCCUUUCCUCUGCCUGAACAACGCCUCGUCGUUGUGGGUGGAUAACGCCACCGACUUCUACGCCCACCCGCACUACGCCCUCACGCCCAACAACCCCACAAGCAUCUCCUGCGACGGUCAGACUCACCAGAGACACACGGCUCUGUGCGUCUUCCCGUUCGUAUUAUCCGACAGUAACUCUAAUACGACGGAGACCACAACUAUUUCUACGACGGAAGAAAGCACAACUAUUUCUACGACGGAAGAAAGCACAACUAUUUCUACGACGGAAGAGAGCACAACUAUUUCUACGACGGAAGAGACCACGACUAUUUCUACGACCGAAGUGACCACAACUGUUUCUACGACCAAAUUGACAACACCUAAGAUUACCCCGACUGCCAGCACUACGAGUACUACCACGACGACGACGCCCGGACCGUGCCCAAAGACGAGGCCCUUCCCCUCGGCGUACCCAGAUUACGUUUGGAAGCAAGAAGAACCCGGGACAAUCGCCAAGAAAGACUGCCCGAAGCCUAAAAACGUCACUGUAAACUGGCUCUGCAAAGCGAACGGCAACUGGAAAGGGCUGCCCGAUCUGAGCCUCUGCUCGACCAUUGACACCGGCCACUGGGAGGACGAAAUCAAAAACAGCACCGAGAAUGCAGGCGACUCACUCAAUAAUUUCCUCAACGUGACCGAAUCUCAGGAACUUGAACCAGGUGACGUCACGGGCACUCUGAACAUCUUGGGCGCCGCCAGAGAACGCCACAUCGAGGACCUUAAGAAAAUGAAUGAGAGCGAAGUCCUUAAUGCCACGGACGUCUAUACGGACGCCGUCACGAAGACGACCAACAAGAUGUUACAGCAACCAGAGGUGUGGUUCGGUCUGCCCGACGAAGCGCGCGCGAACGCCAGCACAGCGCUGCAGGAGGAGGUGGAGGCGGCGGCGGUGGAGGUGGCGUACUUGCUCGUGAACGAGUCCAGGAACUACGAGACCGAGACUGUCAGCAUCAACGCAAAGAGGCACAGCAAAGACCACUUCGAGAGGACUGAAAAUCGCAUAUUUUACCACAAGGAUAGGACUGAGACAAUGUUGGAGCUUCCCGAAAAAUUCUUUGAAGACAUGGACGACGACCUCGUGGCCGUCUCCUUCACGUCCUACAGCACCCUCCACUGCGUCCUUGGCAAGAGCAUCAUCUGUGAGCCCCAGGACCUCCACGAGGUCUCCCCCGAUGAGGCCCGCGACACCUUCCCGCUGCCCGAGCUCGUCAACACCCCCGUGAUGGGCCUGACCAUCGGCAACGCCUCGUGGAACUUCAGCGAUGGCACUGGCGUCAAGGCCACCUUCAGGGACUACUUUGGCUCAGAUAUUUACAACCUCAGUACAGCCACUUGUGUAUCCUGGAAUGUAGCCAAUGAACAGUGGAGUCCAGACGGCUGCGAGCUCGCCUUCCAGACUGGCACCGCCACUGUGUGCACCUGCAGCCACCUCACCAAUCUGGCUGUCAUCGUGGACGUCAACGGCGUCUUCGGAAAAAGUCCGUUCCUGCAGUGGUUCACGGUGGUGGGCUGCUCCAUAUCGCUCGUGUGUCUGGUUCUCGCCAUCGUCACCCUGAGCCUCCUUCUGCACAAGCGGAGACGCAACAAGACGACCAUUAUCAUUCACCUCCACCUCUGCUGUUGUCUCUUUGUGGCCGAGCUGAUCCUCCUGGUGGGCCUGGACAGGACGGAGGACGAGGUGGGGUGCGGAGUGGUCGCGGGAUUCCUCCAUUACUUCCUCCUCGCUACCUUCUGCUGGAUGGGAGUCGAAGGCGUCAAUGUCUACUUCCUUGUUGUCAAAGUGUUCCUGACGGCGCGCUCGCCCUUGCGUUACUACACAGUGGUCGCCUACACAGCCCCGGCGCUUGUUGUCGCCGUCUCCGCAGCCGUGGAUUCGGAGGGCUACGGGACAGAGGAUUACUGCUGGCUCUCCACCGAAAACGGCCUUAUAUGGGCUUUCACUGGUCCCGCGCUCGUCAUACUCUUGGUAAACUUCGUCAUGUUCGGCUUCGGAGUGCGCGCCUACCUCUCCACGAACAGCAGCACCGGCGUCAGAGGCGGCGGCAGGGGCAACGCUGAGGGCACGAGCAAGGGCGAGAAAAGACGCCUUCUGCGGGGCUCGGUCAUUCUCUCGUCCGUGCUGGGCCUGACGUGGAUCCUGGGCUACUUCAUGAUGUUCGGAGGUUCGGCGGCCUACGCGAUGGCCGUGCUGUUCACGGUGGUCAACUCGCUCCAGGGCGCCGUCCUGUUCGUGGUGAUGGUCCUGAUGAACCCGACGGCGCGGACGCAGCUCAAGCUUGUACUCUGCUGCGGCUGCAAGAAGGGACUGACCAACUUCCCGAGCUCCUUCACGCGGUCCAGCCGCCUUGACCCUUCCGAAAGCUUCAGGAAGGCGCUGGAGAACUCCUCGCCAGACAUCCCGCGCCAGGUCCCCAUCAAUCCCAGGGGCUCCGGGGAACUCGAUAUGUGGGUGGCCAAGGAGAUGAGUGGCCGACCCGGGAGAAGGCGCUAGCUGCGGAGAGAGGGAGAAUCCCUCGACGCCGCCGACAGGAGGACACGGACACGGGUUUCCAGGACAGCUUCCGCACAGCACUAUCCUUCCCUGCAGAAAGAGCGUCACUGAUUUUCCAGCAUCAUUGCCUCCUGUGUUGCAUGGGAGUUCAGUUUAUUAUCAAUUGGCGAAACAAAUGUCUAUUCAGUAUGGAAGUUGGAAUGGAGGUUUUAAUUAAUAUGGUUCUUGUAAAUAAACCAUUGAUUAAACAGCAAAAACAAA